AUGACCAUCCCCGUCACGCUCGCCGCGCGGAACGCCGUCUUCAACGUACCCACAUUGUCAAACAAUCUUGACGCGACGACUUUCUUCCAGAACGUCUCAAACAUCGGCGGGAACUUCACAGAAGAAUCGUUGGUCGACUACCGCGACGAGACCGGCACAUAUAACAUCUCUGCACAGUAUUGCACGAAUGGUUCCGAUCCCACCACCCUGCUUUUCCUCACACACGGUAUUGGAUUUGACAAGUCUUACUGGGACCUGCCAUACAAUGACUUUGCCUACUCGUUCGUGGACCGCGCCAUUGCCGCUGGCUACGCAACCUUCUCCAUCGACCGCCUCGGUAUCGGCAUGUCCACGCACGCGGAUCCCGUGCAAGUUGUACAGUUUCCGGCGGAGCUCUCAACCAUCCAAGUCCUGACCUCGCAGAUUCGGGACGGCAAGGUCGAUGGCGUCCCUGCUCCGCAGAAACUUGCCCAUGUCGGCCAUAGUUUUGGAUCCGAGCUGACUAUGGGUCUCUCCGUCAUGGCCCCAAAUCUCACGGAUGCCGUCGUUCUUACCGGCUUCUCCUCCAACUCGUCCUUCCAGACACAGACCUUCGCGAACUUCAACUCCCAACUCGCCAAGCUCAACCAGCCUGAUCGUUUCAGCGACCUCGACCCAGGCUUCCUCACCUGGAACAACAACCAGUCCAACCAAUUCGCUUUCCUCUACCCCAGUGGAUUCGAACCGUCGAUUCUUACGUUCUCAGAGUCGACGAAGUACCCAUACACCGUUGGUGAGAUCUUGACUCAGGGAGGAGGAUCUGUUGCGAAGGAGUUCAAGGGAUCAGUGCUCGUUUUGACGGGUGUUGAGGAUGCGAUUUUCUGUGGUGGGAAUUGUUAUAGUACUGGUGGUGUGGGAGCGAGCAUUCCCGACGCUGUGGCGAAGGCGUUCCCAGUUGCAUCAGCGUUUGAGACCUACCUCCCUACCACCACCGGGCAUGCGGUCAACCUGCAUUACAACGCUCAAUCUUCUUACACGUACAUCAUCGACUUCCUCAAGAAGCAAGGCUUGUAA